AGGUGUUCAGUGUGUCAGCGACCGUCGUUGUGGAUGUACGCGCCAUCUCGUUGACUCGUCUCGCUUAAGUGACUUUCCUGCUCCAAACGGAUCAUUACUUCAGGUCCUCGUCUAACCCGACGGAUCAUUACCUCGCCUUAGCCUGACGGAUCUUUAACUUCAGCACCUCAUAUUUACUGGUGUUACAGAAAUUUGUGAUUGAUAUUUGUAGCUGUGAAAAGUACAUAAAUAAGGAUAUCUAACAGUGAAGCAAACUACAGUGAGAGUAAACACUAGGAGGUGGUAAACUAGUGUUUGUGAUAAAAUAGUCAAGUGUGAUAGCUGUGGGAACCUUGACGAACAAGGUUGUAUUAGGAGUGACAGUUUGACGUGUUAGUACAACAGGUGGCAGUGACCUGUGUGUGGUGCUGCACUGGUGAUCAAACUGCCUGUUGGUGCUGGCACUGCUGCUACUGCUGCUGCUGGCACUGCUGGUGGCGCUGUUGGUGUCACCGCGGGGAGGCAGCAGUGCCCGGCUCUAUGCCUCUGUGACUCGCACUUGGGGUUGUUAGUGGGCAGUGAUGAGAGGGUCAGCGGACCACCACCCCUCCAGUGGUCGCAGCAGCGGCAGUGCCAGACACAGCAGUGCCAGGUGAGACAAAGCAUGAUGGGCAUGGCAGUGCCUCCGGGGGAUCUCCCAGCUGGGUCGUGGGGGUCGUGGGCAUCAGCCUCCACCUGUUCGUCAUCUUGCAGUUGGCACUCGACCUGCUCCCCCCGAGGGUCGCUUUCUGGCCAGGUGUGGGCCAACCCUGGUACUAUCCCCUGGCACACGGCCCACGAUGCCCCCUGGUCCCUUCCAGCAGACACAACGGGCGUGGGAUGGCCUUAUCACACGCCCACGCCCUCAGACACCGCGCUCGUAGUCAAAUCCACGCGGGCGCGGCGCCCUUCUCUAGUGGCCAACCUCCUCAAACUUCAAGAUAUACCCAAAUGCCACAACAUACCACGCUCUGCCUCCGCCCCGCCCACCCACGCCCAUACUAUAGACGCGGGCGCCUUCUAUCGGUACUACGAAGGCAGUGUGUUGGGGCCCUCCGUCACCCACGUUCCGCCCACCGCCGCAGCCGCCCACGGUAGUGACAACAUGUGUGGUGGGCUGGUGGGUGGCCCACUCUCUUCGCUGGUGGUGGCAGUGCCAACCAAAUUGGAGGGAUUCCUCAAACUCUUCGCCCAUUCCCUGCAUCUGGUCCUCGCUGCUAUGUGCUCCAGGAAGGCUCGGCGAAAGGACCGGGAGUGUCCCGCAUCAACAGAGCAGGAACACAAGCUAUACCUGGAGGAGGCGGUGCUGGAGCGCAAGAUACCAGAGACUGACCUGCGUCAGCUUGUAGAACUACCUCCGGGGCUGGGCUAUGAGGAGUGGCUCGCCUCUCACACCAUUGACUUCUUCCAACACAUCAACCUGUUGUAUGGGACUGUGUGUGAGUACUGCACUAUGAGUGGGUGUCCUGACAUGACUGGACCUGCAACGAGGCAGUAUUUGUGGUUUGAUGAGAAGGGCAAGAAAACCAGAGUGGCAGCACCCCAGUAUGUUGACUAUGUCAUGACCUUUACACAGAAGACCAUCAACGAUGAGACUAUCUUCCCUACUAAGUUUGAAAACGACUUUCCUGUUUCUUUCGAGUCUAUUGUAAAGAAAAUUCACCGGUUGCUGUUCCACGUGCUGGCUCACCUGUAUCACAGCCAUUUCCGUGAGAUGGUGCUGCUUAACCUGCAUGCCCAUCUUAAUUGUAUUUUUGCACACUUCAUACUCUUCAAUGACCGCUUCAGACUCAUUGAUGAGAAGGAAACCGAAAUCUUACAUGAUCUAGUUGUGGCCCUGAAGCUUCAUCCAGAGAGUGAACCAUCAACCUCUUGCUCUAGUUCUACAAUCACAUCCACCACCACCACCACCACCAGUAGUAGUCAAAUAGGUCCUGAUUGUAGUGCUAGUCCAAACACAAGUAGCAGUAAUGCUACUACAACUGCAACACAGAGCACUUUAUCAUCUGAGGGUGAAUGUGGUGAUUGUUCCACCUCUCAGGAGCAGCAGUUAAUAUAUCCAGCAGACACCACCAUAGUCCGCAACAAUAGUAGUAGUGGAUUAACACUAGUAGCAGGAGACACAACAACAGGAGACACAGAAGCAGGAGGGUCUGAGCCCCCACUUCUGGAUACAGAAUCAGUUCCAGACACACGGCCAUAGUAAUUCCUUGAGCUAGUGAACCAAUGUAUGAAGGUACCCUGGCCUGGCCCCUGCCUCAUGCCCUGCCCAUUAUGUGGGCACUGGGCACACACUGGUGCAGCACCUUAGCCUUAUCCAUGUGUGAUAGUGUCAUCUAUGGGUGGUGGAGAGGCUAGGCAGGGGUUCCUAGAAAUAUGUUGUGUAAAUAUGUGUUGUAAAGUCCCUAGGUCAUAACUAUUGCUAUACAAAUACUAUUUAUAUUUAUCCUGCGUUACCACAUGAGCACACAUUCACCAUAAAGUGCAUUGUUUUACACCUAGACUUGUGGAGAGCAAGUCAGCCAAGGUGAACACAUGACCAUCAGCAAGCUUUUCAGUAGAUGCAAAAUGAUUGUCAAUUAGAGUUUGGAUCCAAACUUUUAUUCUUGUGAUUUUAGUGGUACAGGUAUAUAACAAAACAAAUAUUUUUAUUAUAAAGUCGGUUUGGUUAUUGUCAAGUAAAACACAGUGGUGUUUGGUUCAUGUUCAGGUGCUUGGCAGGGAAUUAUUUCUCAAAACUACAUUGAUAGGUUUUGUGAUAUUAAAAGAAAAUUUUCAGCCAAGUUUCUAUUUUUUUCUUGUGUAAGUAGGCUUCUUAAGUCCUUACUAGUCGACAUGUGAUGUGUUUCCUGUUAGUUUUCCAUAUGCAGUACAAACUUCCCCAAGAAAUGUUUUAGUUCUAUUACUCUACUUUCCUUUGUAUUGUUGUUUGAAUUUGGUUUACAUUGAGAGCACAGAAGCAUUUAUGUUUUAUUAGUUACCAGUACACAUACACAUUAUUAUUUCAUUUUCAGUGAUAAGCACAUAAUUCCUUUGUAUUAAACCAUUUCUUAAGUAUUAAGAAAGGUUUGAUGUACCUUUCUUUAUUGAAUAUGUACUUAAUUAUAAAGCAAGAAAGGGAUUGAUCAUAAGGAAAUUAUGCUCAUUGAACAAAACCUGCUAUUAAUUACCUCAGCAAACGUGAAGCAUAAGACACUGUACUGGUUAGCUUUAGCAGUUCUAGAAAUCAUACAUAUUCUGAGUAACAAUUGUAUCUUCCCAGAUAGAUAGAUAAUUAAAGACAAUAGGUCGCUUAUCAGAGUUAGUGGCAUCUGUUACACUACACCUCCAGAUGUGGUCAUGUUUGUGUAUGGGCCUGUAUAUUAUCCGAGAUAUUUUGACUAGACUGUUGUAGGAAAGGAGAUUGUGAUAGUAUUUAUGCUUCUACAGCAAAUGUGUGUGUGUGCGUGCGUGGUAAAAGUGACAUAAACAUGACCAUGGGGCACGGAAGGGAGAAAUAUGAUUUUGUUCUUUCUUGUGUUUAAUCAAAGAACAGUAUAAUUAUAUUUCACCAUGUUUUUCAUGGAUAUCAUGAACUGGGAUCUCAAUAAGAAUUGUUUAUUUAUCUAUGCAUUUGCAAUUACUCUUAUGAACUUUACCAAUAAUUUUAUUGAAUUAAUCUUUAUAAAAGUGUGUACCCCUGGAGAUAGUGAUAACAAGCACAACCUGGUAAUCUUUACUGUCCCAGCCUUCCUUUACUUCCCAUAACUAAACUGCUCCUAGACCAGGCUGUUGCAGGGAAUUUAUUUGUCCUAGUGAAUUAUGUACUGUGUAAUUAUUUAUUUUUUAUCUUGUUUGAUAGCUUGAGAUCAAUUCUAAUCAAGAUAGAUCUUACAGGCAAGGAUUGCUGGAGUGAUAUGCUAAAUAUAUUAGAAUGUAUAUGCUGAUGUUGUUUGCCUAGUGAAAUACUAUUAUCAUUGAUGACAGGUAUAUUCCUUUUAUCAGUUUGACUGAGAUGUAUAUAAUGCAGAGUUGUUAUGGUGAUCUUAGUGGUAAGAAGUCACAACCCUGGCUUGAAUAUUGUGGAGCAUUAGGUGUGAGCCCCAUUAUUAGUGUGCUUUAUAAGCCCAGGGCAGCUCACAGUUCUUAUGCAUCUUGCUAUUAAAGACAGCCAGCAUAUCAUAUGUUGUGAAUCUAUCUUUUACAGCUUCCCAGAGCAAUGUUUGCAGGAAAAAAAAAAGUGAUGUUGCAGAUUGUGAUAGGUGAGGCAAGUUGUGACGGUGAUUUGUGGGGAGCCUAAGGAGGCGGCAACAUUAGUGCAGGGGCCACUAAGGCUCACACUCACCAUCUUAAGCUUCAUCUCGCUAAGCUUUAUAACUCAGGAUUGGAUUUCCCAAAGUUUUUGUUGCCAAAAAUGUGGCACUAAAUUUGUAAACAAAGAAACUAUUUGGCAGUAAAAGUAAGUAGUACUUGCCCCCCUCUGUUAACUACAUAGCAAAAUCUGUUAAUCCCAGAUACUGAUGCAUUCUCUAGACUGUGUUUUUAUGAUGACCUUUAUUGUCUUUCAUAUACAGUACAUAAUACAGCUUUUCAUUGGAACUGACAACAAUUUGUAUAAUUUGGUCUUGGUGAUGAGCCAGCAUCAGGUCCACAUGCCUUCCUAGACUUUGUCAUAGCUACUGAUUUUACUGGUAAAAGCAUUGUGGCUUUUCAUUUUGAGUGAAUCAGUGGCAUUGUCACAAUUGCUAUUAGUGGAAGUUGACAAGCAUUUUAUAUUUUUUUCUUUAUUCCCUCGUGAUAUUUACAAAGUGUGUGGAAAAUUAUGAAAUGGGUGAUGGUGAUGGGUGAUGGCCUGGACACUGCAGUCAUGUAUCCUAUAGCUGUGGUAGUUAUGGUUGUGUAGCAACGAGAGUUAGGAGAGUCUAAGCUGUCACCCACACCAAUAGCAGAGCAAAACUAGUCCUGCCACCCUAGUGAGUGAGCCACUCUUCUCUGCCAUGUGUUAUAUGUCCCACAUUAUGGCCUCCCCCCACCAACACAACGAGCAGCAGGCAUCUAUGUGCGUGUGUGUGGCUGCUGCAAUCCUCACACAUCAGCUUAGUGCACCAGUAAAAUUUUAACUAUCAUACAUUUUAACACUGUCUUGAAGGUGUGAAGCCAUCUCGGCAAGUCUUCAGAGUUUAUUUAGAGGGCAUUACUGAUUGUUAUAUUGGUGUAACUAUAGACAGCUGGCAUUCCAUAUUUACACAUAACUGUUUUCUGUUGCUCCUAGGGCUACAGAGCCUUGUAGUCCUAAGGUUGGUGGGAUUGAUUAUGAAAUAGAAUUUGAUCCUUGAGCUUUAAGGGCAAAGGUGAAAUAUGGGAUUAUAGGGUGGGUAGGGGGAGGGUAGAGGGGUGGGGUGGGGGUGAGGGGGAGGCUGAUAAGGGUCACGCCUGAAGCACUUGUAGAGAGCGGCGUGUGUCAGUUAUUCCUUGUGAUACUCUUGAUCCUCUAUGAUCAGCUUAAUGAGACAGGAAAUGUUUUAAGGAAUAAUUAUUGCAAAAAUAAUAAAAAUAAUUUGCACUGAA